GAAUGAUAUGGCGCACACACACACACACACACACACAGUAACCCUGACUAUAUGGAACCCCAUAAUAGCGAAUCUAGCGUUUACCGAAUCAAAAAAGUGGCGAAGAGACAUUUUAUCCCUUAUAUCGAACAAAGAUCGGUAAAUGAAGAGGAUGACCGAAUGGAGAGAGGGAGGAGGAGCGAGGGAGAGUAUGGAGUGUGUUGGGGGUGGUGAGUGGUGGUGCUGGUGAGAGUGUGUGAGAGUCAGUGAGCGCGCACCACCACCACCAUCAGCACGUCAUUCUCACAGCAACGGUCCACGAGGAAGAAUAUAACCACCAAAACAGGGCUAAUACGUACUAUUUCUCCAUCCAUUAACACCACAAAGAACUGAAACGAGAGAAAACAAAACUAGAAGAAGAGACAGAGAAGAUACAAGAUUAAUCCACCACCAACAACAAGAACAAGGUGACAAGGUUCAACACAGCAAGGGCACCACCAAAACAGCUGUAAUACAAUAACAAACGUACUAUUUCUCCACCCAUUAACACCACAAAGAACUGAAACGAGAGAUAAGCGAACCACAUCACGGAAAACUAGAUGGGAGACAGAGAAAUACAAGAAGAGACAAAAAAGAUACAAGAUUAAGAGAGAACCAACCGAACAACAGCAGCAAGAUGAGAAGGUUCAACACAGCAAGGGCAACACCAAAACAACUGUAAUACAAUAACAAACGUGCAAUUUCUUCAUCCAUUAACACCACAAGAAACUGAAACGAGAGAGAGAGAGAAAAAAAAAAGAAAACACGUAAAAUUAGAAAAGACAGAUACAAGAUUAAGAGAGAACUAAUCUUACAAGACAGCAACAUCCAACACAGCAACGGCACCACCAAAACAGCUGUAAUACAAUAACAAACGUGCAAUUUCUCCACCCAUUAACACCACAGAGAACUGAAACGAGAGAUAAGCGAACCACAUCACGGAAACGAAGAAGAAACAAAAGAUACAAGAAUGAAAAGAGAGAGAACUAACUUACAAGACAGCAAUACAGCAAGAACACCACCAAAACAGCUGUAAUAGAUUAACAAACGUACAAUUACACCAUCCAUUAACACCACGAGAAACAGAAACGAGAGAAAACCAAACUACACGGAAAACUGGAAGAAGAGAGACAAAAAUACAAGAUAAAGAGAACGAAAGACAAAGAUACAAGAUUAAGACGAGACGAGAGAAGUGAACCGAUCUUACACGUACAAGACAAGACAACUGGACCUAUUCUGACCCAACACCAUGACACCUUCGCCCUCCCGUGCUCGCCCCACUAGUAAAAACAGGAAAAUUUUAUCGCUGGCUCAGAAAAUGGAGAUAAUAACGGACAGUGAGGGUGGGUUCAACAGACGCCAGCUGAUGGACAAGUACGGCGUGAAAAAGACAACACUGCACGAUAUACUCAGAACCAAGGAAAAGGUGAAGGAGACUGUGCAGCGCAUGGAGGGCGGCAGCAAGGGUGCCGCCAGUGUGUACAGGACCAGUAGGGUGCUACAUGGGGAUCUGGAGGAAGCCGUGUACAAGUGGUAUUCACAGCAGAGGGCAGCGGGCGUGGUGGUGCGUGGCACGGACAUACAGGAGGCGGCACUGAAGCUGGCCAAGCACCUGGGCGUAAGGGACUUUAAGGGCAGCAGUGGGUGGGUUUAUCGGUUCAGGAAACGACACGGCAUCUGUAGCAAAGGCCUCACUGGUGCACUCCUGAGUACCAACUUAGGUGCUGUGGAGCCAUUUGUGCAGAAAGUGGCACAGCUGAUGGAGCAGGAAGGUCUGCACACAUUCCAGAUGUACAAUGCUGAUGAGACCGGCCUCUUCUGGCGCUCACUCCCUAAGAACUCAAGAGCUGCCAGGGACAUCAGCAGCACCCUGGGCCACCGUGUGCUGGAGGAGAGGCUGUCCAUCUUGGUGGGAGCCAACGCUGACGGCUCACACCGCCUGCAGCCCGUGGUGGUGGGUCGCAGCAGGAAGCCUCGGGUGUUGCAGGGAUUGAGCAGGCUGCCAGUGGAGUACCACGACCAGGCGGCGUGGUUCACCAGGGAUAUCUUCAAGGAUUGGUUCCACAAGAGCUUUGCGCCAGCAGUGAGGAAGCACCAGACACAGUACGGCAUCAGUGCCGAGGACGUGAGAGCUGUGCUGCUGCUGGAUUACUCACCGGCACACCCCGUCACCAACAAGCUGUGCACCAAGGACGGCCGGGUGAAGGUGAUGUUCCUACCCUUAAACACCAACUCGGCCCUGCAGCCCAUGGACCAAGGCAUCACGGACAGUGCCAAGAGACACUACAAGAGGCUGUACAUGCAGCAGUGCCUGGUCGUCACUGAAGAUGAAGACGCCUACGAGGACAACAGAGCUAAAAAAACCUGCCGGUACUUCAGGAACUACAACAUGAGGGACGCCUUGUUCAAUUGGGCCGAGGCGUGGAGCAAGGUGCCGCUCAACACACUGAGGAACGCCUGGUGCCCCGUCCUCAGGGCACCAAGCAUUCAAACUGGGGAGAAUUACUUUGAAGGCUUUGAUGUUACAGCCAUGGCAGAAAUGUUAGCUGCUGCUGGCCAGGGAAGCAUCACAGAGGAGGAGUUGCACGAGUGGCUGGAGGAGGACACUGGUCUGUCAGGAUACCUUCACCAGACACAGGAAGAAAUCGCCAAUGAAGUCCUGAAGGCGGCAACCAUGUCACUCACACCAGAGGAGGAGGAGGAGGAGGAUGUAAAGCCAUGUGUUCCGCCCCUGUCUGCGGUGAUUGAGGCAACAGACACCAUCCUGCGGCACAUGGACACAGUGGGCGGCUCCAUGGCCAGACACUACGAGGUGAUCCGCAGCAUGAGGAUGGAAUUGAUGCGGGAACAACAAGGCAGGAAAACACAGCCUAAGGGUUCCACUUUCUUCAGUGCUGUGAUUCCAUCGGCGGGCAAGAGGAGGCGGCGUACCAGUGCAACCUCAGACACUUCACUCUCUUCUCUAACGUCUAACGUCUCCUCCGCCAGCCUGCACAUUAAGUCCGAGCCCUGCACCUCCCCCCCCUCCUCCCCAGUCCCCACCAGCUCAGGGCUGAUAGUUGAUGACGCAGACCUCGCACUGUUCCUAGAGACACAGUGAUAGCGUGGAGGGGAGAAAACGAGCUGCUUUGUGCUGGGGUCGCUGGUUCCUGUGAUGGCCGGCCUUGCUCUGUGCUCCAGCCAUGAACUGUCCUUCUCCUUCAUUGGGUUUCUGUGUGCGCUGGCCACCAACCUGUGUGAGUGUCUG